AUUUGAGCCAAGGCCAUAGCGAAAAUGGAAAAUAGCUUACCAGGCUUACCUAGAUAGGUCUUGGGGUAUUUUUUUUACCAUUUUUAUUUCCUUUCCCGCAUACCAUCGUUACAACACGCCUUGUCUGAUCGACACUCGACACUCAACAACCAACUUGCGUUGGACAUAGCCACGCGAGCGACUAUCUAUGUCUGGCGUUGGGUUAUGAUUUUACAGUAGAGCCUUCUUAUUAUCCAUUAUAAUCUCUUGUUUUAUUUUAUAGGUGUCCGUUACACACCCAACCUUGGUUAGGCUUCGUGAUGAGAUGUCGGACACGUUGCUUGGGCUCUAAUCAAUAUGGCCGACUCAGACUCCAGUUACUCGAUAGAAAAUGAGGAGCAAUUAUGGAAUGAAAUAAACAAGGUCGUUGCUAUCGAGUGCCCCGCCGAAGCUCACGAAACGAUUGACGAUGCUCUGCGAUCAUGGCUGUACCUUGCGUCGCGAUGCCGAGACGAGUUCUCCCAAUCCGAAGACGACGUAGCGAAUUGUUCACAGCGCCUCCUCGAUGGAAACCUCUUCCAAACCGAUCCUGAAUAUGUGCGCAUGCAGAUUAUCUACAGUUUGCUGCAGGAAGAUGAACCUGGUCCCCUAUACGUCAUCGCUAAUUUCCUCAUCCUCGACGGUCGGGCGGAAGAGGCGACAUUCAAGCGGAUGAUUGAAGAAGGUUGCUUCCAUCGACUACUAGAACUGAUAAAUGAACGAAAAGAUGACGAUCCAGGUCUACAUCGAUUACUGUUGGAAUUGAUGUAUGAGAUGUCGCGGAUUGAACAACUCCGCAUUGAGGAUCUUCUACACGUUGACGAUGCAUUCGUAAUCUAUCUAUUCCAACUGAUAGAGGGAUUUUCCGAUGAUGCGCAUGAUCCUUAUCAUUAUCCCAUUAUCCGUGUUCUUCUCGUCCUUAACGAACAAUACAUGGUUGCAUCCACGUCAGCCAUAAACGAACCCGCUUCGCUCGGCGCACCAUUAACGAAUAAAGUCGUCAAGUGCCUUAGCAUAUACGGACCGCAAUAUAGAACAUUUGGCGAGAAUAUCAUAUUGCUUCUCAACCGCGAAACCGAGACGUCGUUGCAGCUUCUGAUCUUGAAGCUCUUAUACCUGCUUUUCACUACUAAAGCCACAUACGAGUAUUUCUAUACGAACGACUUACGAGUGCUCCUUGAUGUCAUUAUUCGCAAUCUCCUCGACCUACCGAAUGAGCUGAUGGCUUUGCGACAUACAUACCUCCGCGUUUUAUAUCCCUUGCUUGCGCACACGCAACUAAACCAACCGCCCCACUAUAAAAAGGACGAAGUACAAAAAUUGUUAAGAAUAUUGUCUGGGUCGGGCAACACCCAUUUUGCGCCGGUAGAUGAAACAACAGUAAGGCUUGUGGAUCGGGUAGCGAAAGUCAAGUGGCUUUCGGACGGGGGUGUAGGUGCAAGUGCGGUAGCGCGCAAAUUCCUAGGCAUCAGCCUUUCGCAUUCAGAUACCGUCAGUAACGUUAGCGUCGUGGACGUGGCGGCAGUCAUGGAGAAACCGGGUGUACAAACACCGAGCCGGAAAGCCGAGUCGCAAGCCGAAGCUCAGGUCGAGGCUGAAGCCAAAGCGGAAGCAGAGGCUAAAUGCGAGAUUACGAAGUCAAGUUCUAGUGGGCAUCCGAAGGAAGCACCGAAGCCGAGCAGACCGAAAAAGCCACUUCCCGAAGUACCAAAACACCGACACGGAAUACCUUAUGUUCAUUCAGGGCUAGAAAAUGGAACCAGAACUAGUACCAAGAAAGCACCCCCAAAGGCACCACCGCCGAGACGGAAAGGUAGGAUUAAGCACACUACAACGUCCGAGACGGUGAAGUCUAUUUCGGAACUGGUUUGAGAAUAGGGGUAAGGAACAUAAUUUGACUAAUAAUUUGAUAUGGUAGCACUCGAGAUUGGAAUUCCGCGUCGUAGGGGAAUCGGAAACAGGCAUAGCAGAAUGGCAUAUUUUGAUAUGAACAUGGCUGGGAGGGCAUGGCGUACCGGAAAGCUGAUAAUGCUUUGUUGAUCGGGAUUCCGGAACUACAUAGCAUAUUUGCAUGAGCAAGGCGUUUAUAGGGAGG